GGCAGUAUACUUUAAUGAGGUCACUUACGGAACAUUAUUGGGUCGGAUCCAGGGGCGCAUCGUAUCUUCGCAUCGUAUCUUAUAAACGUACCGAACAAUGACUUCCUUACGUGGGAAAGUAGCAUUAGUUACCGGGGCCAGUUCUGGAAUAGGAGCAGAGGUUGCCAAACACUUUGCCUCCUAUGGCUGUUUUCUGGCAAUAGCUGGAAGGAACAAAGACGGAUUACAAAACACAGCUGUAGUAUGCCACGAAAAAGGAGUUCCAAAAGAUAAGGUUUUAUGCAUCACUGCAGACUUGAGUGUAGAAGACGAGGUCUCAAGUCUUUUAGAAAAAACAGUUGAAUAUUUUGGCCGUCUUGAUGUUUUGUUUCCUGGUAUAUUAAGCUAUUGUAUGUCAAAGAGUACUUUAGAUCAUAUGACUGCUAGUGCAGCUCAAGAACUUGCUACCAAAGGGGUCAGAGUGAAUUCUGUCAAUCCAGGUGUUAUCAAAACAGAAAUACACAAGAGAGGUGGAAUGACUGAUGAAACAUACAACCAGUUUCUUGAGCAUUGCAAAGAGACCCAUGCAAUGGGGCGUGCAGGCACAGUAGAUGAGGUUGCCAAGGUGGUCACUUUCCUGGCAUCAGACGACUCGUCCUAUAUCACUGGAGAAACCAUUGCCAUUGAUGGUGGCCGCCAUCUUCUAAUGACUGCACAGCAAAAAGUAUAGUGGGUGCAACAACAAUCACACAAUUUGCUGUUUUAUUUUCAGCAUAAGUUGGUGGGGCCAGUGGCCACCCAGAAUUUCUGGGAGGAUCCAGGUGGAAAAUUCAGUAAUUUGAAAGGCUUUGUAUAACGUAGCAUUUAUCUCCCUGAUAAGGGUGGAGGGUGGGGGAAUUGCUGUCCUGAAGAGCUGUAGCCCCACUCUCACUGGUCAAAUCUUAGAAAUGACCAUUUUGAUUUUUGUAUUUUGCAGAGUAUAAUAGAUAUACUGUAAAUGAAAGCUAAUCUAUUAAUUAUUAUUCUGAAUGGUUUCAUUAAAUGUAGCCUGCAACAAUCUUUACAUCUGACAGUGUUUUAUUGAAUUCCUUGACACACUUUUUUCAAAAAAUGUAUACUUUUAUGGUUCUGAGGUA